GGGUGGGGCGGGGUCGGCUGGGACCUCCUCCCUCAUUCCCUUGCGGGCUGAGCCGCCCCUCUCUCCUGCCCCUCCUCCUCCUUUUCCCAACCCUCGGAGUGGAGCAGCACAUGCGGCUGCUCCCUGUUCUGUCCCGCCCAGCCACCGCGCAGGAACGGGUCCCUGCAGCCCCCAGCCGAUGGCAGGACAGUAGCCUCGUGUCAGGGGUCGUGAACGGCUGAGGCAGACGCGGCGGCUCCAGGGCCUGAAAGAGCGGGUGUCUCCGGAGGCCAUGGGCUGCCCUGAGGUAGAGCGCAGGGAACCCCUGCCUGCAGCAGCAGGGGAGCGAGGGAGCCAAGCCUGUGGCUGUCGCGGGGCCCCUGCCCGGGCGGGUGAAGGGUACAGCUGCCGGCUCUUCCUGGGUUUCUUUGGCCUCUCGCUGGCCCUCCACCUGCUGACGUUGUGCUGCUACCUAGAAUUGCGGUCUGAGUUGCGGCGGGAACGAGGGGCUGAGUCCCGCCUGGGCAGCCCGGGCACUCAUGGUACCUCUGGCACCCUGAGCAACGCCGGUGGCCUCGAACCUGACCGUCCCAUCACCCUCCACAUUGGGCAGCCGUCGCUGCAGUACCAGCGGUUGGAACAGGGAGAAACCACACUCCCCCCUGACUCUCAGGACCUGCACCAGAUGGCCUUGCUGAAUUUCUUUGUCCCUAAUGAAAAGUCAUACUCUGAAGAGGAAAGCAGUCAUGUUCACCGCAACAAAAGAAGCAAAAGCAGUGAAGGAACAGAUGGACCAGUCAAAAACAAGAAAAAGGGAAAGAAGACAGGGCCACCUGGACCCAAUGGUCCUCCAGGACCUCCAGGGCCUCCAGGACCUCAGGGACCUCCAGGGAUUCCAGGGAUUCCUGGAAUUCCAGGAACAACUGUUAUGGGACCACCUGGUCCUCCUGGUCCCCCUGGUCCUCAAGGACUCCCUGGCCUCCAGGGACCUUCUGGUGCUGCUGAUAAAGCUGGAACUAGAGAAAACCAGCCGGCUGUGGUGCAUCUACAGGGCCAAGGGUCAGCAAUUCAAGUCAAGAAUGAUCUUUCAGGUGGAGUGCUCAAUGACUGGUCUCGCAUCACUAUGAACCCCAAGGUGUUUAAGCUACAUCCCCGCAGUGGGGAGCUGGAGGUACUGGUGGACGGCACCUACUUCAUCUAUAGUCAGGUAGAAGUCUACUACAUCAACUUCACUGACUUCGCAAGCUAUGAAGUGGUGGUAGAUGAGAAGCCCUUCCUGCAGUGCACCCGCAGCAUCGAAACAGGAAAGACCAACUACAACACUUGCUAUACUGCGGGUGUCUGCCUCCUCAAGGCCCGGCAGAAGAUCGCUGUGAAGAUGGUGCAUGCUGAUAUCUCCAUCAAUAUGAGCAAGCACACAACCUUCUUUGGAGCCAUCAGGCUGGGUGAAGCCCCUGCAUCCUAGAUUCUCUCCAUUUUGCCCUCACCCAUACCCCUGCCCCAGGUUUGGGAGCCAGGACUCCCAGAACCUUUAAGUGCUGCUGUGGAGUGAGGUACAUUGGCAUUGCAGUCAGAGAAAAAUGCCCCAGUGCUAUUUAUUCCCAAGUGAUUCCAGAAGACAGGGCCUACUUGACUUCCCAUAAUGCCCUUCAGUUCACAGAAGAGUUGAUGGAGCCCCAGGGUUUAUAGGAAGCACAACUUUCUUUGGCUCUACAUUGACCAGCUUAAGGCAUAACUCUUCAACCCUGAGGUCCCUGUUGUCCGUUUUACCAUUUGUUGCACUAAUGUGAGGAUCCAGAGUAGCAGGCCAGAUAAAGUGAAGGUGCACUCCGGACUCUGGGGGUGACCCAUCUGACCCCACGAGGGCCUAAGCUUCUCUGUUGGCUAGGCUGAUGAUGGGGUAGCAUUAGUUUGCAGGCUAAGGAGAGGACUAGGGAGGGAAAAGGUAGACAGUUGUGGCAGAGACCAAGCAGGCAUCCUUGACAGUAGAAGCAUUCUUGCUCCUCUAUACUAUGACCUUAAAGAGAAUUCAGAAAGCUCUUCCCACUUAGGCUGAGAGCCAUACUGUGACAGCUGUCUAGGCUCCAGACUCAGGAGCUUUGUUCUCCCUUGGAACCAUCACAGGAAUGGUCACAACCCUGCUUGGAUAGGAAGCUGAAUCUGUGCUUGGGGCCUCAUGUCUCUCACUUUGUUUACAGCUAUGCUCUAUGCUUCCUAGGGCCCCCUCCCAAUCACCAUUCCCCCACCCAGCCUCACUACAACUCCUCUUAUACUUUUUCUUCACAGAGCCUACCUCUGUCUGAGACAGGUGCUUAACCAGGGACCUGUGCUCACAGCAGUCUGAAAUAUUCCUUAACUUACCUGGACACAAAGUGAAUUUUCCAUUAAUACAGGUAUUAUUCAUCUGAUUACAAUCAAGCUGCGUCUGGAGGGAAGAGAUUGGACUAGCUGAUAUUUAAAAAUCCCUUCAAGGUCUAAUAAGAGGCAGCUGCCAUAAUAAAUUUCUAAAUUCCCAAACCCUAGAUCAGCGAUGGCAAACCUAUGGUAUAUAGGCCACAGUGGGGUGUUGUUAUCAUUGAAAACUCUAAAGGGUUCACCAUCAUUGCCCUAGACUAUGGUCAGGCAGCAGAAAGGCAGAGUUUUUCUACCUCACAGUAAAGAGCAAGAGGUAGGAAUCCGUGGGGACAUUCCUCUAAGUUUUCUGCAGCCCUAGUGAUCAUUAAGUCAGACUUUAUUUGAGAGGAUAGCAGUCAGUGGCUUCCUGACCAAAUUGCUUCAGAAAACUAUGACAGAGCAUCGUUACUGCAGAGAUCUGUGCUGCUCCUUGAAGUCAGGCUUAGAAGCAUCCAGAGUCUCGGCACAUACAGGGCUCUACCCUCUAGUUCAGUGCACAGACACCUUCCCCUACCCGCAAGCUCCCCAUUUGGUCAUAUACUAGGACCAUUCAAGUGUCUUACAUGGAUGCAACCUAUGCUAGGUCUGGCCCAAAGCUGGGAUUGUCACCCUUGUACAGAUAGCUGAAAUCUGCCAAGAACAAUAGGCGGUUCUUUCUGAACUGUACCUUCCCCUUCUAAGCAACCACACUGGCCUUUCAAGGAUCUGGGCACAAGGUGGUGGGCCAGGCCUUCAAUGUCUGGUUGCUAAUGACACCCCUGCAACCCGAGAUGAAGUACACUUUAGACAGGAGUCCUGUAAAGUGCCUUAGACACUAUGCAAUUGUAGCAGAAAAUGAUGAAACUGCUUCUUAAAAUUCGGAAAGUACUUUCUGUUAUUUCCUUUGAAGAGGACAGGACAGAGAUAUCUAAUGCUUAGCUGAGGCACAGGGAGUUGAGGUGCCUGACUGUGCUGUCACCCAGUUUAAAACACAAACAUGGGUUUCAGCCAGGUCUGACACACAAGAGAGAAAUAAUCAAGGUGCUAAUAAAGAACUAACAUCCUGAGGGUUCCAAGGAGAAACCCAAAGAUGCACAUUUUUAUUGAUGGUAAUACUGCCAGGGGCUCUGUGGCAAAAGAAUCAGAUGUUUCUCUUCAAACAGCUGCUGGCCUUAGAGCUCUCUGUUCAGAAGAAGGUUCUUGGCACCAUGUCCAAGUAGCAGGCAUCAGAGACCCACAAGACUGGUGGCCCACAUUUCUUUUACCCAUCCAGUGAAAUAAGCAGCUGUCACUUGUGGGCAAGUUCCUUUCAUUUCUCUCCAGGAAGCUUCCAGGAGUCCACUCACUUCUCAUCACACUAAGUGUGAGUCCUUAUCUCAUUUUCCAUCCCCUAGAGACCUUGAUACUUUCAGGGCCUCUGGCACCAGGAAUGAAAGGAAGAUGUAAAAGAGGACUGGUUCUAAAAAAUGAGUGUGAGGAGAGAGGAGGAAAAGGCUUCCUAGUUGUGCCCCUAAACAGUGUUCUGACCCCCACCCCAUUCUCCAGAAUGGUGGGGGCUGAACCCUCAAAAGGAACCCUAGAGGAAAAGGGAUAGUGAAGAAAGGAACAGGUAGCCAGGGAGCCCUGUUGAAGCAAAAGCAUUGGCGAAGUGGUGAAGUGGUUUACUGAUAGAAGACUGUGGACAUAGAUUUACAGUUUGUAACUAUGCUGGUGUGAGUUUACCAGAGGGCCAAGGCUAGCAUGGAGAAUGGGACAAGGACAUCUUUGAGUAAGCAGACGACAGGGGUUGAAAGGAGAAUAGCAUGGCAGGGGCCUCAGCCAGUUGCUUGGGCUUCAACAGCCAGUCUGCCACAAAAGGCAGCUGUCUUCAGCUGCUGAUCUCCUGGAUCCCUGGAAACUGUAGUGUUUGCUUUGUUUUCUCUUCAUGUCUUCAGAGCCAAAUUUCUUUUGCUCAAAGGAAAGGACUAGAAACCUUGGAGAUGGGCAGAGGCUAUGGUCCAUGUGUUUUGUGUCAUUUCCAGUAGAUGCAAAUAGAUUCAGAGAAAUUUACAGGGAUUCAGAGAAUAAAGCAGGCCUCUAGAGGGAAUAAAGCCCAACCUGCAUGUCACCCUGUAAUACUUAAGUAGAAACCGAUGCUUAGAGAGUAAUGGUUACCUACUCAAGGCAAUGACCAAGUUCAGACGUCCAGACUCAGCAGACAGAAGGGAGGAUAGGCCGUCCUUGUCCCACAUAGCCCCUUAUUUCUUCCCCACACAGCUAGAAGUGUUUGGCCCCCUUCAAGGGCCUAGCCAGACAGAGAGAGCAGCUGUAGCCUUCAUUAGAGCUCUGCUUCUUCCCCAGGUGCUCACUUCACUCUGCCUCAGGAUUGGCCUGCUGCCAGGAAGUCCUUAGGCCACCCUAAGUGUUCCCUCAGGUCCCCUACUGAACCCAGGCCAAGCUAGGGUGAAGAAGAAAUAGGAUACUUUUUUUAAAUCCCUUUCAGGGCUCUCUCCAGGAAGGGUUGGGGUGUGUCUUACCUAUUGAAAGAGCUUCCAGCUAGGAUGGAGUGGGGUGAACUUUGUUGUGAGAAUGGCCUGGAGCAGGCCCAAUGCUGCUUUUGGGGGUCAGCAUCCAGUGUGAAACACUGUGUAUAUAAACUAUAUAUAAUGUAUAUAAACUGGGAUGUAAGUUUGUGUAAAUUAAUGGUUUAUUCUUUGCAAAUAAAGUGCCCCCAUUCUUGAAAUUAA